CCCUUACAUUGUUGUUUGUGUUUUCUAGCCUUCAUGCCUUAUUUGGUACAGAUUCAGUUCAUAAUGCCGUAGACGGAAGUGAUUCUGUGGAACAUGCUGAAAAAACUAUUAGAUUUUUAUUUAAUGGCUGUCAGAAACAACCAAAGCAAAGCACGUCCAAUGCAUCUGAAGAAACUAAACAUGAAGGCAUGAGCGACCCUCUUCCAUCUCCUAUUCCUUCUGCAGUGUUGAGAACAAAUAUUGCAUUACAAGCGGAUGAAGAUGUGCAUACGACUUGUAUACCACAAGAACCAUCAGAAAUAUAUAUUGCUCCUGUUGAGAAAAAUAAGCCUUUGCAUAGCAAUAGUAAUGCAGAUGCAAGCGAGAAAACAGAAAGACACGGACCUGAAGAGCCCGAAUUUACCCAGGUUGCUUUGAUAGAGAAUAGUAUGCAGCAUGAAGAAUCAGGAAUGGUUGCUCAAGUUUCAACUUCAGCAACAGUUGAUAACGCAGUAAAAAAAGAUAGAGCCAGUCAAAAUCAAAUUGUAGCUGAAAUAGCAAUAGAAACAUCGCCACAAGACACAAAUGAUAUGGUUUCAAAAGAAGCAGAAAAUACAAAUGAUCAACAUACAAGGGAGACAGAAAGCACAAUUGAUAAAAAAGAUGAACUGUCGAAUGUAAAGAAAGAAAGAUCAAAAGAAGAAACGCAGGGUACAAAGGGGAGCAAGUCAAAAGAGGGAGCGACUGUCGCGAUAAGGGCUCAACAAAGAGCAAGCACUACAAAAUCUCUUCUAAGACAGCCGUCUAUUAAGAUUGCAAAUGUCGUUGAUGCUACACAAAAGCCUGUACACAGAAUUGAACGUAAGCCUGUGCCAGUGACACCACCCAAAGAUGUGAAAAGCACCAGUAAAAUUGCAAAAUUAUCGCCCAUCAUGCACAAAGAAGAAAGUGCUACAGGGAGGCCUCCGACAGAAAAUGUACAGAAAAAAAAGCCAACAAAGGCGUCAAAACACUUGCCUAGAGUCGCUCUCUUAGCCAGACAGAAGCCCAAACAAGAGCCUAAUACUAAACCUAAUGUUGAAGCUAAAGAGGUCAAGACGAUCAAGAAGAAAGUAUCAACCAAAGAGUUCAUUUCAAGAUUGACGGCUCCCACUGUCGCUAGUAAUAACAAGAAACUCGCAGCCAAUCAGGUUUCAGCUGCUCAAAAGAUAACACCUCAAACAAAAUUGAAUGCUACUGGAAAGUCGUCAAAAGCUUAAUUCUUUGAACAGGCGAAAAUCCUAGACAUAAUUUCAUCUAUACAUUCAACCAUUAAAGCAUUUUUAAUAUUCCCAUUUACAAUAAGCCUUUUAUUAUAUAAAGAAAAGUAUAAGAG